AUGGCCGCGACGGGAGCGAAAGGGGCCUUUGAUGUCGUGUUGAACUCUUUAACGUGGAAUUCAAACGGCGCCCUUGAUGAGGAAGCAAGUCGCCAUAUAUAUUGUUAUGUGCAGCUCGUCCUGCCGUCUGAGCAGCCACUUGAUAACGUUUGGUUUGCUGCCGGUACUGAGAACAUGAUGACUAGAAGUGUCUCAAUUUCGGCAAAAGAUUGUGGUCAAAUGCUACAGCUUGAAUACAAACAAAGCUCGAGAGCCAUCCCUUUAAGCAGUGAAAAUAUGCAAGAGCUCGUUCAGGCACAACUAUUGCUAUCGCUGUACAGCGGAACGUUCAGAGAUCGUCUCACAGACUCUUUCUUGUGCAAAGCGCUUGUGCCAUUGAGCUCGGCAUUUCUAGAAGGAAAUUUGCAACAUCAGAUACAGCUUGCAUCAUCAGAAGAAACGUUCGUGCUCGAGAUUAAUGUCUUGUGCGACGUGGCCCUUGCAGAUUGCAUGCUUGGCGCGAGGUUGCUCCAGCUGUACUCGCCUCAGAUUGUGCAAUUGCCUUCUAAGUGGACGGGUUUGGAAAGUACCAGCAAUGAAGAAGCAGUCCAGUACUGUGCAUCAAUACAGCAAAAUGCGGCUUUUUAUGAAUUAACGAUUGCCAUACCACGUUUUGAAGAAACGAAAAAUCGUGUCGAUGACGGUGCUGAAAUGAAAGACGUGUCUUUAUCGGGUGACUUUAAGCUCACGACUUUGAAGGGAGGAAAAUUGUAUUUUUGUCCAACUUUUGGCGUGUCUGAGGAGUCUAGACUAGUUCAGUUGCCAACAGCAGGUGCGGACGAGGGACCAGACAUAACCAAUUCCACGAUGUCAGGAGAAUGGAGUGUCCGUUUUCCCUCUACGGCCAUUAUCUCUAUACUUUAUUUGAAGAACUCCAUGAACCGUUUAAUUGAAUUUCUUACAGUCGAGAAGUACAUCAAUGGAACAUUGCGGCGCAGUUUUAUCGAAAGCGCAAGCGAGGAAUCUGUAGAUACCAUAUCAAGCGAUUUCCGUGUAAAUUUAAACGAGCUUCUUGCACCCGGUAUCACACAAGUAGUACUAACAGCUCCUCUACGAGCCAUGUCACCAGUUUCGCGAGCUUUUAUAGAGCAAAAGGUUGCAUCUGCCGCUUCGAUCGACGAGAAAAAAAAAUCUCAGGCAGCGUUAGCUGACUACGAAACUACUUCGUCAGAAACAGCAUCCCUGACUGCUGAAGCAAUGACUAUCGGGACUCAUAUCAAGAUUGUUGCAGGUAUACUUAACAAACCGUUAGUCUUAGCGCCACCACAAAUAUUGGGCUUGCCGUCAAAAUCAAUAGCGCAGCUUAUUUCGCCGCGCGACGUUGUUGAUGAGGGCAAAAAGUCGCGCGAUGUAUAUGAAAACCUUAGAACAGAGAUUCGCAUGGUGGCUAUAAGUCUUUUGAGCGAAUACAAAGAGUUGUUCAGCAAUAGUGACAAAAGGCAAGAAACAGACGAUACUGGGGCUGAUGCAGCUUCUAAUCGUGAUUACAAAAAGCAGACACUUAUCUACCGACUUAAUACUCAGGGUAUAUAUCAUCUGCUUAAAGAAUCGCUGAAAAAGCGAAUUGUUCCUGUCAUACGCGAAGCCUUUACCCGAAAUGAAAUUGUCUCAGAUGAAUUUGUAAAUAAUGCGCAAGCUGAGCUAGAUAUGAGCAUGAAAGGAGAUGCGAGAGAGCAGUUUGGUCAGUUGUAUACACGUCUCAUGCAUGAAGUCAAUGCUAUAUUGAAAGAAGUAUUUUACUCAGACUCGAACGCGCUAUUAGAGAAAGCUUAUGCGGCAGCGGAGGGGCAUCCAAGUCUUAAGGAAGUCAAAUCUGUCCUCAAUGUGCUGAGAAUUAAGGCCUUGGAGAACGAAGUGAAUGGUGAUUUCGAGAAAAGUGAAAUGCUGCAUUUGGAUCGUAUUGCAUAUGCUGAACAGCAUGCAGCUCAUGUUAAAGCGAUUUUGCAUGAUCAAAAGCUCACAGACAGGGAAAAUAAUUGUGGCUUAGAGUUACUGAUAAAUGCUUGGUACGAUUAUGCAUUCUUCUGCAUGUCACAGACAAAACUCGAAAAGUCGGUCGCUGCAUUGCAGGAGUGCUUGCGACUUGAUUCGCAUUUCAUUCUUGCAUUAAUUGAUCUCGUUGGAGUGCACCUUGAACUUAGUGAUUUUGCCCAAGUCGAGUUAAUUGUGAAGAAUGCAGUAUUAGAUGCAAAAGCUGCUGUUCAAUCGAGUCGGGUGGAUAGUGCUGAGCAUUGUGUACUGGCCCACGCUCUAUUUGCUUACUACUUUUCGCAGAUCGAAGAAUCAGACCCAACUGGAAAUUUUAUGCUAUUUGAAUUGCUGAAUGCACAGCAAAUGCUUCAGGUUAAAUAUUCCGGCGGUGAAAUCAACGAAGCAUCGUGUCUGAGUGCCGUUUGGGUGAUUCUAGCAAAUUACGCUUAUGAAAGGAAGUUAUGGGGAAUCAUGCAACGGUCAUUGCACUUUGCUGAAAAAAUGACAAAAACUCACGAUGUUUAUGGUUGUGACUUACGAGUCAUGAAGCGAGUGAUGGAAGCUGAAAUCAUUAUGAGAGAGAGUGAUGCUGGUGCUGGUGAGGGGGAAUUUCGGGCAAUCAAGAUCUUGCAAGAAGCUUUAGAAGUUGACUCAUAUCACCCUAUUGCUUGGCUUACACUCGGAAAAGUCUAUUUUCGACAAGACUCUCAUAACACGACAGCCAUUGAAUGUCUGCAGAGGUCGUUCGAGCAUCAUGAUUUACUGACUUCAGACGCAUCGCGUCUUGGUUUGUAUUUGAGACUCGGUCUGGCAUUACUUCAUUCGUCACAAUUUGAAAAAGCCGAUGCGGUAUUUUUGUUUGCAUGUGAUAAAUUUCGUGUCGCUUCGUGUUGGCUUGGUGUGGGGAUUGCAAAUCUUCGGCUAGAAAAAUGGGAACGAGCACAAAUGGCGCUGGCUGAGGCCAAUCGAUUAGACCAUUCGAAUCCUGACGUUUGGGGAUAUUUGGCACUUCUCGCUCUCACUGCUCAUACUUCUAAAAGUACUUGCGAUGAAAAAGACGCAAUGCAAUUUAUUUCUAAGGCUUUAGAGCACAACGUCAGUAAUCCAGCUCUCUUGCGUGAGCUAAGUAAUGCGUUUGUGGCAAUCGAUCGCCUUGAAAGCGCUGAAAGAUUGUUGCGGCGCUCGUUGUCUUGUCAAGAUUCUAUUCUUACGCGUAAAACAUUGGCAGACGUGCUGGCCGCUCAGAAUUGUGCUGAGGAUGCACUUCGGCACUAUGUGCGGUUGCUUGAGGUAACUGAAGAUAUUGAAGAACGUCACGUCCUGUUAGAAAAUUGCGCUAGAUUACUCGAAUUUCUCGGUAGGUCAGAGGAAGCAGCUGAAUAUCGAAGUAUGGCAACUCAGAUUGAAACGCAUGACCGACAAAAAUAA